UUCAGUUCAGUAACUCAGUGAACAAACAAUCAAGAUGUUCAAACUGUUCAUAUUCGCCUGCUUCCUGGCCCUCGCUGCCGCCAAACCUGGAGUACUAGCGCCGGUGGCGUACACCGCUCCCGUAGCGGCAGCGUACACCGCGCCCGUGGCGGCCGCGUACACAGCACCCCUCGCGUACUCUGCGUACUCCGCCUACACCGCCCCUGUUGCUGCGUACUCGGCGUACAGCUAUGCCUCACCAUACGCCGCCUAUUACCUACAUAAUAUAGACCCUGAGAACGGACAUAGUUACUUUUUCGAUAUCAGUCUCUUGUUUAAAUCAGAGCAAUCAACUACCAACAACAUGUACAAGCUGGUUAUUUUCGCCGGACUUCUCGCAGCCGUAGCUGCAAAACCAGGCAUCCAUUCUGUUGCCUACCCAGCUGUCGCAGCUCCUGUUGCAGCAGCGUACACUGCCCCAUUUGCGGCUGCAUACACCGCUCCAGUCGCCGCUGCGUACACCGCCCCCGUCGCCGCAGCGUACACUGCGCCAGUAGCAGCUGCGUACACUGCGUCAUUAGCAGCCGCGUACACUGCCCCAGUCGCCGCUGCGUACACCGCCCCAGUCGCCGCUGCGUACACUGCCCCAGUCGCCGCUGCGUACACCGCCCCAGUCGCCGCUGCGUACACUGCUCCAGUCGCCGCUGCGUACAGCGCUCGUUUAGCAACCGCGCCAGUCGUCGCAGCAGCAUACAAAGCUCCUAUUCUACUUAAGUAA